AUGGAAACUGCUCCACGUAGAAAGCGGAAAUUCCCGUUGCCCAUUAUCCCAAUCGACCACAUCCGUCCUCUGCUGUGUCCCGAUCAGCUGAAUCUACGGUAUCCUGUCCAUGGCGCUGAACUUGGCACACUACUCGAGGCAGAGGCGCUGUUUAGUGUAGAAGGAAACGAUAUCCUGUUGAUGCCUAAUGAACCAGCAGCGAAAGCUCGAAAAGCUUCGCACAAUCCUCAACAACAAAGUCCUGAGCUCGUAGACUCAGACAGCUUACGAUCUACGGUAAUGCCCGACCAAAGUCAACGCUCGACGGUCGAUUCCCUAUCACUUAGAUCGAACAAAGAUACUGAAUGUUUGCGGGAAAAGAGUUCCGUAGUCGACUCUGUUGGAGAAAGCACGAUUGCUCGACAAUCGCCCAACAUAAAUGUUGGAAUCCAUGCUGCAGAACGAAACGCAUCCAGCAAUACGAACACUAAUUCUCUUCCUGCACAUACAAGUGAUGCCGAAGAGUACGGCAACUCGCAAUUGCCUCCAAAUUCUCCCGACGAUGCUGCCGUCUCUGAGCUGGAGCAAGCCUGGAUGGGAAAGCUCGAUCGCGAUAUUUCGGUGGCCGAGCAAAACACGAGUACGAGUAAGCUUGUCGAUCGAAUAGCUCAAGCUGUAAAAAGUGGCGUACAGAAAAAAGUAUUUAUAUCCAGAAAAGAAAGCUGCGGAUCCUCAAACUUGGACUCUUCUUUGGCAGCUCCUGGCAAUAACCGACGCCAUGACGAGCUGUCGAACGACAAGUCUUCCUCUGCCUUAGAAGUUAUCGAUCUAACUGGGGAGCUCUCAGAUUGCGGGGACGACUGUGAAGUCUUGGAUUUUCCGGAACGUUUGUCUUUGACAGUACCAAUUGAUGCAGCCGAACAAAGUAGAACAAAGAAACGACCUUUGGACCUCAAAGUGGUGCGAGCUACGAAAUUGGUGCCGAAGCGGCUGGAAAGUGGUGGUGACUUAGUGUUUUCUGUUGAAGAUUUUCAGCGCUAUCUUGUCGGUCCGUUUAACCAACGUGAGGGUCGCAAGCUUGAAUCUGCGAAAAAGGCGGCCCCGUUUGCUGCAAAGGUAAUCAGUUUGAAAAAGUCUCCUGAUGUUUGGAAGGUCCUGGUUGAGGGCCACCCCGAUACGGUAUCUUCUUUUGAGGUUGCUAUGGUACAGUGGGUCGGAGAGAGGAUACAUGGCUUAAAUUUUCAAAAGCUCAAGCUUGAAGGCCUUCCAAAGGAUGUUUUGUUGGAGUUCUCUCACCCUAUUGGGGCCAAGCUUAGACCAGCUCGGUACGUCGUAAAUAAUCGAGAGUCCCGAGCCUUACUUAUUUCAAUCAAUGUGGAUGGUCAGCUUGGUAAGGCACUUGCUCCACUCGUCACUGUAUUUGGCUGUGCAGUUGCCCUUUUGGAUGGAUUGGAAUGUCGAACAAUUUCGGAGUUCAAGUCAGUAUUAAAAAAUGCAGCUAAAAAGGGACAACCUUUGUACAAGCUCUCUCUGUUGCUUGCAAAGGAAAGCAAUGCAGCUGGGAGAGGGCUUCACCAGCAACAAAAAAGUUCUUACUUGAGUGGCGGCUUGAGUAGUUUCCCGUCUUCCGCAAACCUACUUGUGGGUGGCCCAAACACAACCGAUGAUAGUGCAAACAUCUUAUCUGGCGCCAACGUGAGCAUUGAUUCCAGCGUAAAGACAAGUUUACAUAUACCUCGCAAGGCACUAGAGAGCAAAGCAGGGAGCAAACAGGAAAGGACGUAUGAAGUUCUGUUUGAUGCACAACAACCCCUAGGAUUUUAUUGUAUUGCCCUACCCUCUGGAAUUUCGCAAGCUGAAUACUGUUUGAUUGUUUCGAUAUGUCCCGGAGGUCAAGCGUCGAGAGAUGGUCGGAUACGUCCCGGUUCAGUCGUGCGAUCCGUAUCAGGGGAGGACAGGUUAUUAGGUAUUGAACAAUUAUUUGAGAUUUACGAGAUGGCCAAGCGAAAGAAUCACAUAAUCAGCCUUUCAUUUCUGGACCGCCUUAGUCCGCUGAACGGUUCGAUGUCCCAAGCCUUUGGGGAAUGGACUGCUAAAGGUCAUUGGAAAGGGCGUGUGAGCCAUGGUUGGGCGGGUGGUGCUCUACAGACUCUCGAUACUUCAAACAGAGUUAGUCGCGAAAGAGAUCCUCACGGAAUUCAGAAGCAGCUCUCCAUUGGGAGUGGAGAGACUGGUCGUAAAUCGAUGGAUGAUGGAAGGCCGUGUAUGGCUGAGCACCCUCCGAAUAGUUGCCGAACUAGUACCGGGAGCUCAGGAGACCGAAGGGUCCGAUUCAUGGACGCAAUACAUGAGCGACACUAUUCUAUCGAUAGCAAGCCCUGCGAAUUUUACGAGAAGCAUAGCGGGUUGGCCUUGUUGCCAAAAGACAAAGGAGCUGGACUGGGACAUACAAUACCUUGCGACAAUCAGUCUUUACUCCUUCGAUCAAUAAAGUCGGGGUCGUUUCGGGACGUUAUUGUGAUUCUUGAGGAAGGGUUGCUGAGUUCAGCAAAAUCAACCGCAUCACUUAUAGUUGCAAAAUCUUAUGUGAAAGAGCAACUUGCCUCACUACAGCAGAAUGGAAUAACCGACGCUGCUUCCGAAAGAGAUUGGAUGUUGAAAGAUGUUUUGACCAAGAUUUUCUUGAAGGCCGCUCAUGUGUAUGAGAAUGCCAAGUCUCUCAAAGAGUGGUCGCGCUACGAAGUAAUCUUUCUCGGACUUGAAGAGGUUCAAUUGUCUAGCAGCGGCGGGCUUCAAUUUAAUCAAGAUUGCAUUUCCGUUAGGCUAUCAGCUCGCUACCCCGAUUCCAACCAGCAGUCCGAAUUGGCAAAGUCUCUACCAGUACCGCUCUCGAAGGAUAUUCUUUUUGGCAAGGAGCUUUCUGUCCCGAGGCACAUGCACUACAACAAAUGCGUAGCUUCUAAAAGAAGUGUUGUUGUCGACAUUUGUAAAAACGGGGAGGCAUCCGGCUCGGUCAAAUGUAUCGGGUCUACUGUGUUAAAAAUCCAAGAUCUUCAGCGCAAGUGUCCUCGGAAUGGAACUUGGUUGGAGAGUUCGAAAGCGUUCUCGAACAGAAAUCUGUUUGGAAGCGCAUCUAUACGAUUUCGUGCGAGGCGUUUACCAGUUGAGGCCACUUACCUCGAACGGAAACGGAAAACGGAGUGCAUAGGGCUCAAGGAUGUCAUCAAUUGGAUCAAGCGCUUCAACGAUGGGCUUUGCCCAGAAGAAAGGGACGCACAACUGACAUUUACUGUUCCUGUUUUCGACAACGCUAGCCUGUUGCAUUCCGCCAUUUUAAUACAAGAAUCACCUCUGGUUGAAGAGUUGCUCUAUCUCGGAGCCGAUCCAAAGAGAAGGAGUGUAAUUGGAUCACCUGUCUUUUUGGCCCACAAUCUUCGACACAAAUUGAUAGAAAGUCUCGCCGAGACGUCGAAUAGUGAGAUAGCCGAUACAGACGCAUAUCAAGAAAGGGAAAGAGGUCCCGAUAGCGCAUCCGUCGUAUCCGAAGGAAGGUGUGCUAACCCGCGAAAAAAGAGAAUCGAGCACAUUGCCGCGCUGAUAGCGGCAGCGACUGGAAAUAAACUUCCAAGCGAACCACGACGGAAGGUAUGCUAACCCGCGGAAAAAGGAAUCAAGCACAUUGCCACGUUGAUAGCGGCAGCGACUAAAACGGCACUGUCCAGCGAAUUGUGACAAGUUGCUUACAUCAUACAACGCGAGCGGCUCUAAAA